AUGAUCGAAGGGGAUAUCAAAAAACGAGGAGACGUCUCGAAGCAUCCCGAAGAGACAAGGUAGGCCAGAACGUCAGCAUGAGAGAGUAGAAUCCACACACGAUGCAAAAAAAUGUCUCACUGCCAAAAGAGGUACCACAUGACCAAGAAACCUGGAUAAACGUGGAACCCUACGGUGACUAUACCAUGACAACUGCCUAUGAAUUGGACAGUGAUGACAACAAAAAUUAGCGUGAUGCAGACUCUUCGUAUAAAAGUAAAUGACAGUGCCCUAAUUUGGUCGCAGUAAAUGCAUCAUCGUAAAGGCUAUGCCUGCGUAUACUUCGGAAAUCCCGAAGAACAGAAUAAACUACAAUAUAUAAUUGUCCCAACAAAAUCUUAAAUCCUUAUCACAUGAGGACGAGAACAUGAUAAUCUUGAUAGCUUUCAGAAUAGGACCAACUAAGGAUUCGAACGGCGUGUCGAGCCAUCAUAGACCACUAAAAAUUGUCGUCGAAAAUGAAGAACGAGUUCCACUACUGAUGAGGAGGAAACCUGCACUUCGAGAUGCCCACCCAACAAUUUCCUUCAGCGGGAUUUAUCAUCGGCGGAACGGGAGAACUAGAGGAAACUCAAGGCCAGAUUCCUCAGAAGAAACAAUUUCAGGUAGAAAAACCUAAGAACGAUGAGUAAGAAAAUCGUAAAUGUUCGGAAUUUAUUCCUCUGGUGAUAAUCAAUAACACUGUCGCAGUGAACAAUCAGAUUAUAAGGAAAGAACGCUCCUGUCUGUCUAACCGACCAGAAGAAAUGACGGUCAACACAACGACGUCCAGUUCGAUCACAUAGCAGUAGACUCGGACGAAGACACUGGACCCGAAAACUCACACGAAAUAUCUAGCAACUUCGACCCAAAAAUCGUUCGAGAAUCUGCACGGACUAAGCUCCGCUUUCUUUAAGCAAAUGCUCAAAGUUUGUUCCAGAAGAUAGAUGAAAUGAAAGUGUGAAUAUAAGUCACGCAGCCGGAUGUCAUUUUUAUCACAGAGACGUGGUUCCAGCCCGAAGUCUUGGAUGCCAAAAUUACACUCGAUGGAUACCAACUUUUUCGCCGAGACAGACUGCAUAAAAAGGAGGAAACUAGCGAUCUACGUCAAGAGGGUAGUCAUCGCGUCAGAGUACCAAACUGAUUGCUCCCGCGACUGUGAAGCACUAUGGUUAAAACUAAGGGUGCAUGAUGCACCCAAUGGGAAUUUUCUGACCGUAUACAGGCUAGCCAGUCAAACUCCUGAGGUUUACGAGGCGAUGAUUGGGUUAAUUAAAGAGAUGGCACAAAAAGAAGAGGUACUGAUAACCGAAGACUUCAACGCACAGAUGGUCGAUUGGAACAAUUUAUUAGUAAGUUGUUCACGAAAUUCCCUUUAUUCCAGGCUCUUGAAACUAAUGGCUAACCUCUUUCUCGUACAGAAUAUCUCGUUUCCAACCAGGAUCAGAGAGGACCAAAGAACAGUUGUCUGGACCUCUUCCUAACAAAAUACCCUACUAGUCCUGCUGAACUUAGGCCCAUAGCACCGCUCAGUAAGAGUGUCCAUGUCAUACUGUUUUGGGAAUACAUCCUAUGCAGCCAACAAAGGUAUACGACUGAGACUCGGCUGAAUUUCUGGUAAGGAAAUGUUACCGGCAUGAGGAGUGAAUUAUCGGUAGUGAACUGGCAUGAUGUUCUUACCGGACAUCCAGAUGCUGCUUGGAACAAUCUUAAUGGACUUGUAACCGACGUCAUUCAUCGAAACUGUCUGUCAAAGAGAGUCCAAAAAAUAAUCGUCCUGCCUGGAUAACGCGAGACAUAAAGAAAGAGGUCAACCGAAGAGUAAACUAUUGAGAAUGUACGCAAAAACAAAACAACCUUCUAAUUAUGAGCAUAUUCGUCGAAAAAUAAACGAGGUAAGGCUGACUAUCCACAGGUCGCUGAAGGAGUAUGAAACGUGAUUUAUGGAACGGGCCGUCGAUAAACCAAAUGUACUCUUAAGUUACAUCAAUAGUAGACGGUCUCAGUGUUGAAAGGAGAAACCAAUGAGGAUAUUAUCGAAAAUGACGCUAAGUCAGAACACCUAAGCUGGUUUUUCGCAUCUGUUUCCACUAAUGAAACGAACUUUCACGAGGCUGGAUUGCGUACUGGAACAACUGACGAAUAAAUGGAAAACAUUGACUUCACGAAAGAAUAUGUGAGGACGGAACUUCUAGCGCUUAGGGAAUGUAAGUCUCCGUGUCCCGAGCAGAUUCCGGCAAAAGUUCUGAAGGAGCUGGCUUACGAACUCACCAGACCGCCUUUGCAUUUUUUAGUGCUGAACGUGACGCUGGCUUACGUCGAGGCAGUUAGCAAAAUAUUUAUAAUCAUUCACUAAAACACAAUGCUUGGUAUGCUUGAGAGUGUGUUACUGCCAGAGAGGGUGGUGCAGAGUAAGAAUUGCGUCACUUUCCGAUGGCAUGGGGUGCGUAUGGCUGUACUGGCUAAGCUUCCUCCUAAAAAUGUCUACAGAUAGGGACAUAGGGACGCCCGCAGGCAAAGCAUUCCAUGCCGCAAUCACUCUACCGACUAAGAGCCUCCUUGAAUUCCGUCUUACCCCAAUCACGGGUUGUUUGAGGGGAUGUACUCGCAAGCUAGUAUUUUCGGUCCGGUCAAAGAAGUCGCCAGAUGCAAGGCAACAGUCCUGACACAACAAUGUGCAAAACAUUUUUGUCCGGUUGCCUCUUAGUUGUCUAUGAUCCAGAGGGAAGAUGUCGAGAUUAGAGGAUCCUGUUUUGUAUGCCAGUGAGUCUUGACCAUGAACUAGCUUGUUUGCACACCAUGAGAUUUUAUACGGACGCAGUAGUCUUUGAUACUUCAUGGUUUCUGGGCAUGAAUGGCAUACCCUAAUUGAAGUCACGCAAACGUCCCAAAGACCUUAUGGAAACACUUUUUAUUGAACUUUGCAGGGGUCCGUUUGAUGAGAUCUAAGCUUGAUAUUGCGGAUUUGGCUAUUGUCGAAUCACGACGCGAUGACAAAAACGAGGGCGUGACCGAGGAAAUUAAACAAGGCAAACUAAUUGGUCUGUAAUUACCUGCGCAUAUCCGACUUUAGCCCUUAUACAACGGUGCUUUCCAUGCUUGUUUCCAAAUGGCCAGUAAACAUCCGGCUUCAAAGGAUUCCUGGAGUGCAAUAGAGACUGGCUUUACCGAUUCGCCGGCGAGCCCGACCAAUGUCUUCACCUGCAUCUUAUCGGGACACAGCUGUCUGAACUACUUUCCCAGCAGUAUCUCCUUUAGAAAAACCUUUACGAUUAAUUAAACGACCCCAAUAAUUGUAGCCACUUCGAAGUCUAUUUCCACAGGAUUGUAUCCCGUCUCCCUGGUGAAAAGCUAUCUUAAAGACGAUCAGAGUCCACUCCAUCUACUGUGCGGUAUGUGCCUUCAGCGGCCCUCUGCAGAAGUAUUGGAUCCCUAUUUCGCAAGUUCUGUCUGAUGUAACCGUAAAAAGACUUUGAUUUCUAUGAAGCACUUUUCAACAAAUCCACUUUGAGUUUUCGCUAAAUUUGUGUACACGUAUUGAUGUUGGGUUCCAUUCAGGAAGAGAUUUCACCCACAACCUCCAUUUUUUGUUCAAUUCAAUUCGUAAGGCCUGACUCAGUCACUGGGGUCUUUUGUUAAUCUAUUUCACAAAAGCGGACUACGGCAUGCGAUGAGCCUGUGCGGUGCUUUGUGUAACUACUGUUGUUGUGGUGCAAUUCCCUCAAAAUACAUUUGUAAAAGAUGUUUCUCAUUUCCAAACGUGUGGCUGGAAGUUUGACCGGGUGAUUCUGACAGGAUAAAUAGUACGCUUCAUGAGGAUACAAUCUCUGUUAACUGGGCUACAGUCACCGAGUCUCAUGCAUCUGUAAUAAAAAAUAAUAAUAAUAAUAAUAAUAAUAAUUAUUAUUAUUAUCAUUAUUAUUAUUAUUAAAGACCCGUCGGGGCCCCAUUACACUACGGCAUCUGACUAUUCUAUUUUGACAGAGAGCAGUCAACGUACUGUAUCAGGUUUGGUGGAUUUUAGACGUUGCAGUAGGUUGGGCGGGCAAACUUGACCCGAAUGUGAUUAAACUCGCGUCGUCCAGCGGGGGCUGGUAGCUUAGGUGCUUAGAACGUUAGCUGUACUAAAGCAUUCACCUCACUGUCGUAGGUAUAAAUCCCACCAAUUCGCAGAGUUUUUCACAUUCGAGUCAAUAUGAAUUAGUCGAAAUCUGCCAGACAUAGCUAUGAGUCAUAUAUUCCUCAUAUGAAGGAACGGGCAAAUGUACUGAUCCGAAUAUCUACUGUCUACAUUCUUCUAGCCGACAACAUGCAUCAACGUCGGAUCCAGACGGGAUAUGAAUUCCUCCACGUGAGCCGAAAAGCGGCUCUGAAGAGAGAAGACAGAUAGUGGGUUAUGCCUAACAUCGUAAAAUAAAAGUGAACCCCGAGCAACUUUACUUGACCUCAGUAUUGUUUUAAUUCACAAAGUAAGUUUUAACUGACCUUCGCGUGCACUCAAGCACUCUCUGCUCCGCUGUCCGAGGUUUGUGUCUGUUCUCCCGCCGUCGUCGUCUUCAUUUUCAUUGUUUUGCAUGACUUUCCCUAGUUCUAAGCUGACGUUUCUCCGUCUUUGUAAGUUAAUAUGUCUAGCGAUGUCACCAAACCGUACCCGCCCCCACCACAUUGAUAAUCGGUCCUCAUGCGUCUAAUUUGUUCAUUCCUCUAUGUAUCCUAUGGGCUUUGGGUCGCAGUUAACCCUAUUUCUCGCAGGAGCGUGUCAGUGAUAGAACCUAGUCAGAUAUCUAGGAUAGUUUUUUUGAUUGAGAGCCCGCAAAUGUUUUUUAAGAACAAGUGUCUCAGUGACUGGUGUCUUCCCGUUGUUCAUAGUGAACGGCAUGGCUUCCUGGGUGUUCCCAUCCUGUCUGGGGUCACUCAAGUCUCUUUUCUUGACCACCCAAGUAUAUGCCUGCUCUAGUUGCCCGGCAUCUCUUUGCAAACAGUUUUUCAGGGCGCAACCGUCGGGGACUCCUCACCCACAUGCUUUUUAGUAACCUAGCUUUAAUAGUCGGACAGCCACUCGCAAACCCGGAAGUUUCCAGUCUCCAAGAUGAGUUGCAGUUAAUUACAAUUUGACCCGGGUACUGUUCUAGAUAAGACAUUCGUGCGUUUGUUUAAUUCACUCUCUUAAAAUGUGUUUUCUGCAAAAAUCCCUUCCCGCUUGACGUCUUUCGAGUGUUCAGUCCCGAUGCUGUGACUGUGUCAACUCUGAUGCUCUUGCGACGUUUUGCGAUGGGUCUGGGUCGUCUUCGUUUUUUGUUUGUUUUCUAAAUCUUCCGGACGCUGAUAUCUCGACCUUCCGACCCCCGACCGUUGCCCGACACCUUGGAUUGAUGUUAUUAUGGAUGCCUUUUUCUAGACUUCCCUUUCAGCACCGGAACUUCAGUCCAAUAUUAUACUUGCAAUGUUCUGUUGUCACACCCCACUAACCCACCUCGAAUUCUCUCGUCCUUUAGUUUCUAACAUCUUCAUCCGCACUAUGUCCAUUCAGUCGAUCCAUGCUCGUCAAAUCUUCGACAGUCGGGGCAACCCGACUGUAGAAGUCGAUUUAAAGACUGCAAAAGGUAUGUUUACUAGACUAUCACGUUAUAAUUUGUCUGUGGAGUAACGUCAACCUGACCAAUUUGUUCCCAUCCAUGUCAGGCAUGUUCCGCGCUGCUGUCCCCAGCGGUGCCUCCACUGGUGUUCAUGAAGCCGUGGAGUUGCGUGAUGGUGUCAAGGACCAGUACAUGGGCAAAGGUGUCCUUAAGGCGGUCGACAAUGUCAAUAAGGUUAUUGCUCCUGCUCUUAUCAAGGAGAAUAUCCCAGUAACAGAGCAAAAGAGGAUCGACGAAUUCAUGAUCAAACUGGAUGGGACUGAAAACAAAGGUAGGUUCCCAGCAUUUUUCUUGUACUUCCAAUGCCGCUUUGCUGGUGCAGUUCUGAUAAGCCCCCUCGCACUUUUCCUCUAGGCAAACUGGGCGCGAACGCCAUUCUCGGCGUCUCCCUCGCCGUCUGUAAGGCUGGUGCCGCAGAGAAGGCAAGUCCAGAAUUGCCCUUAUAUUCUAAUUGUUGUGUCCGAGCCUCGUUCUAUCUUGCUUCCAUCACAUUUUUAGGGCCUCCCUCUCUAUCGGUACAUAGCUGACCUGGCCGGCAACGCGGAGGUCGUCUUGCCCGUGCCUGCCUUCAACGUCUUGAAUGGUGGAAGCCAUGCCGGUAACAAGCUAGCCAUGCAGGAGUUCAUGAUCCUCCCUGUCGGCGCAAAGUCCUUCACCGAAGCCAUGAAAAUGGGCUCCGAGGUGUACCACAACUUGAAAAGCGUCAUUAAGGCCAAGUAUGGACUGGACGCCUGCAACGUCGGAGACGAGGGUGGCUUUGCCCCUAACAUUCAAGAUAAUAUGGAGGGACUAGAACUGUUGAAGGUUGCGAUCGAGAAGGCUGGAUAUACCGGGAAAGUAAAGAUAGGAAUGGAUGUUGCUGCGUCCGAAUUCUACCAGAAUGGGAAGUACAACCUCGAUUUCAAGAACCCCAAUGCUGACCCGUCCAAGUUCAUUACCGCUGACCAGCUGGCCAACAUUUACAUGGAAAUGAAGUCGAAAUACCCUAUCGUUAGCAUUGAAGAUCCCUUCGACCAGGAUGACUGGAACGCCUGGACUGCCUUUUCGGGCAAGUCUGGCAUCCAGGUUAGUUUUCCUGCCGUGCUUUUCGCAUACUUAACUCUACUUAGUCGCAUAACUGCUUAUAUGUUUGUCUGCGCAGAUUGUCGGCGACGAUCUCACCGUUACCAACCCGAAACGCGUGCAAAAGGCCAUUGACAGCAAAGCCUGUAAUGCUCUCCUUCUAAAAGUCAAUCAGAUUGGCUCCGUCACUGAGUCAAUCGAGGCUUGCAAUAUGUCAAAGAAGGCUGGCUGGGGCGUAAUGGUCUCGCACCGCUCCGGUGAGACGGAGGACUCUACUAUUGCCGACAUCGUCGUUGGUCUGCGAACCGGUCAAAUCAAGACGGGUGCACCGUGCCGCUCAGAACGUCUGGCGAAAUACAAUCAGCUUCUGCGAAUCGAAGAAGAACUCGGUCCCAAGGCUGUCUACGCAGGUGAAAAAUUCAGGAAUCCUUGA